AUUAAAAGUUAUUCACAAGUAUCGCGCACAUGAUUGCAAAAUAUAUCUGAGAAAAUAUAAGAAGAAAUAUGGUUUCCUAUGCUGUAGUGCAUUUUAUAAAAAGCAAUGAUUACUCAGAGAUACCAUCAUCAUGGCUCACUGAAGAAAAAAAUAAAUGCUGGUGGCCCAAAGUUAAAAAUGUAUCACAAUAUAUUAAUUACAGCGUAACACCUGAUCCAACAACAUGGGAAAUUUAUGACGUAGAGGUUGAAGGAUUUUAUGGAACUGUGCAACUGGCAAGAAAAAAAGCCGAAAACAGCAACUGCACUUCUACUGAAGAGAAUGUUUUUCGUGGGAAAGGUCAGCGAAAAAAAAAAAGAAAGCUUUUGACCAGCGACAACAGUGAAAGUUCUGAAGAUUUAGAAUCAAAAUGUUAUAAGCCUCCUCCACAAUUAAAUAAGAAAAGUAAUGUGAUUAAGCAAAAUUACAAAAUUUCAACACUUAAUGUAUCACAUGACAAGCUACCGGACUCUAUUCUGUCUUCUUCAACAACAGAUAUUUGCAAUGGAGAAUUUUCUUGUACAGAUGUACUAGUUAAUGAAAACAAUCAGAAUAGCAAUGUCAUAACAUUGAACGAGAUUCCUGUUGUAAUAGCGUCUAAUUCAACAUAUACACCACCAGCUUUUGAAAUAGAACAACCAAUUCGUCCAAAUAGAGAAGUUACCUCUGGUAUUCAAAAACCAGUCACGGAUGCCAGCUCAAAUACCUACAAUAAUGUAUGUCAAACGUAUUGGUGGUGCAAACGGAACAGACAACGUAAAAGCAAUAUUCAAAAGAAUUUUUACAAAUCACCUUGGUACAAAGUGCAGUUGGUUAGGCCAACGAAACAAUUUCAAGAUUUGUGA